AUGGCUCCCCAAAACCUCGAAGGCAUCCUUGUUGCCCUGAUCACUCCCUUCACUGAAGGCGGCAAAGAGAUUGAUGCGGGGCAGCUCGAUGCACACAUCAACAACCUGAUCGCAGCAGGCGUUCAUGGCCUGGUCCCUGGCGGCAGCACCGGAGAAUUCACAACACUGACCAUCCCGGAGCGCAAGACGCUCAUCGAAAUCUGUGUGAAAUCCGCAGCCGGCCGCGUCCCCGUCGUUGCAGGCAUUGGCGCCCUGUCCACUGCCGAUGCCAUCGACCUCGCCUCGCACGCCGCCUCCACCGGCGCCGCCGCGCUCAUGAUCGUGCCGCCCUUCUACGACGCGCUCAACGUCGCGCAGCUGCACGAGUACUUCAGCGACAUCUACGCCGCGUCCAAGCUGCCCAUCGUCUACUACAACAUCCCGGCGGCGACCGGCACGAACCUCACUCCCGCCGAGAUCGCCGGACUGCGCGCGGUCGGCGUCACGUACCUCAAGGACACGUCGGGUAAUGCGCCGGCGCUGACGGAGCUGCUGUUCGGCCUGCACGACCAGAUCACCGCCUUCAACGGCUGGGACACGCUGACCUUCUACGGCCUGUGCGCCGGUGCCAAGGGCGGCGUGUGGGGCGCCACGAACAUCAUCCCGGAGCUGUCGAUGCAGUUGUGGGAUGCGAUUGCGGUGCGGGGCGACUUGAAGGAGGGGAGAGCGCUGUGGGCUAAGAUUUGGCCCAUCUGCAAGUUUUUGGAGAGCCACACGUACCACUCCGCAGUGAAGACGGGCAUGGAGCUGAGGGGCUUCAGGACCGGAGGGGUGAGGAAGCCGUUUAAGUUGUUGGAGGAGAAGCACAAGCAGGAGCUGGCGCAGCUGCUGAAGAACGCAGGCGUUCAGGUGGUAUAG